AUGGGACGGGAUGUGACGUGCGCCGCCUCCCUUGUUCCUUGUUAUUGGAUAUCUCUCCGCCCUCCGACGCAGUUGUCAAAAAGAUCUAAGCUAUUUUGUAAACACCGUCGACGGCAGAUUUUCUUGGAGAUUUUAAGCAUCUCCCAGCCCUUGACAAUGAAGUUUAUGUACAAAGAAGAACAUCCCUUUGAGAAGCGACGGUCCGAGGGGGAGAAAAUCAGAAAGAAGUACCCGGACAGAGUGCCUGUGAUCGUAGAGAAAGCUCCCAAAGCCAGAAUAGGAGAUCUGGACAAGAAGAAAUAUCUUGUCCCUUCUGACCUCACAGUGGGGCAGUUCUACUUCCUCAUUCGGAAAAGGAUCCACUUGAGGGCCGAAGAUGCCCUCUUCUUCUUUGUCAACAACGUCAUUCCUCCCACAUCAGCCACUAUGGGGCUGCUCUACCAGGAGCACCAUGAAGAAGACUUUUUCCUUUACAUUGCCUACAGUGAUGAAAGCGUCUAUGGGGACGUUUUGAGAGAUGUGUAACCAAUUUUCUUGCCCCACACUACCCCUGUUUAAAAUAAAAUGAUCAAUAUGUUAGGCUACACAAAGUGUACAUGUUGAAUGCACUUUCAUAUCCUCCUCCUAGUCUAAAAUCUUGUUUGUACUCUAUGCUGCCUGCAUAUUGUUCCUUCCUACUUUAGAGUUCCCCCCUCAGUCUUGCUUUUAGGCCCGAUACUUUGUCCUGGUCUGUUUCAGUAAAUUAGUGGUGCUCAUAUCCGUAAAAGCUUUUUCAAUGUUCUACACUUCCCCUUUCACAUUUUCUCACUUUCCCUUGGCACCGACAUGCAUCCUGAAGUCACUUUGCUAUUCUACAGUCUUUAUUGUUUGGUUUGAUUUUGUUUUUAGCUACCAUAUUUGCACAGACCAAAAUCACUGAUAAUACUGGACUAUCAUACCAUGUAAUGUGUGUGAGUGUGAGCGUGUUUGUGUAUCAUUGCCAAUAAUUAUUAUUUUUAAAUGGGUUGGGAUUGCUGUUUAUUUGAAUAAACUGGUUAAAAGAUUAAAAAAAUGUCUUUUCAGUCCACAUAUUGUAGGAGACUGCUUGUUUAUUUCUCAGUUGUGUUAUUAUCAUUAUUAUGAAGGUUAAAGUUUAUGACUUGAUUGGCUUUUUUGGGCUUAUUUUUAUUAUGGAUUGGUAUGUUUUGUUCCUUUUGCCCUAAAGAUCCAUCUUAAGCUUGCCACCAUUAUAAACCUGAUGUAAAAAUC